UCACCUGUCGUGAACAUCAACUGCAUCGCUCGACUUCGCAAAAGCGCACAAAGCCGCAGAAGCGAUACUCUGAAGAACAUAGAUAUUGAUGUCCAUGGAAUCAAUGAAAACAAAAGCAACAAGGCUACAUACUAGCCUCUGCACAACCUGCAAGGCCGGUCUGUAUGUUCGCACAGUGGCAAUAUCCAAAUGCGUCACAAGCUCGCCCCACGUCCCCAGCCAGCUCGAACGACUCGAACUUGAAAGGAAUAUCGCAUCCGAUACCGCCUCUCUCGAUGCGUACGAUAACGCUAUCCUGCAUGUGCGACAAUCUUUGCAACGGCUGCACGCCGAGCGGAAGGUGAUAGAGGACAGCUUAUAUUCCAAGCGCGCUAUGCUCGGACCCAUUCGCCGUCUCCCAAGCGAGAUACUCACCAUGAUCAUCUCCCUCGCCAUUUUCGACGCAUUCUUUUGCCAAGCAGACAGCACGUGUAUCAUUCAGCAUCCCGUGCUGCGGGUGUGCCACCGCUGGCGCGAUCUUGGCAUUGCAGCCGCGCCCCUCUGGUCGACGAUCACACUCUAUCCUCACGCGUACUAUGGCUGGUAUAACGCACUGCGACUUUGUCUCGAGCGCUCGAAGGCACAUCCUCUGAACAUUUUUCUAUCCGGCGAAAGACAGCGACCAAAGGCAACGAAAUCACCACUACCCUAUCUGGCCGUUUUCGACCACAAUGAUAUGAAUGCGAUGCAUGAUCUCGUCGCCUGCUCGCCGCGCUGGAAAUGUGUGCGGUUAGGAGCCCUACAUUUUCCGCACGAGACCAUGAAGCUGGAGACGCCUUUGCCGCUUCCGCAGCUCAGAUCCCUGUACCUCGAGAACGAGACAUGCUUGGCCCAAAGGCCCGCCGAGUUCAUGGCCGGGUUCCCUCAGUUGCCCCACCAUUUGUUCUCCAACGCGCCCGCGCUCAGAUAUGUCCGCAUCGAAAAGCACCGCUUCCAAGAUCUCCGUCUGCCAUGGUCACAGCUGUUACGACUGCACAUCGACCGAGAAGUUGUGAGCGAGCACUUCAGAGAUUGCCUCGCCGCUCUGCGUCAAUGCCAUUCGCUAUGUUCGCUGACGCUGGUUGAUGGGGAAAAGGUCAUCACUGACGCGGACGGACCGGUUGUUCUACCAUCCCUGCGCGAACUGAUCUUGUGCAAGGGCGCGUGGACCUAUCUACCUGCUCUUCGCGCCCCGAAACUUCAAGCUGUCGAGCUUAAGGACAGUAGAUACGACGUCAUCCGGAAUGGGCUGCCAGGGUACGUCGAAGGUCUCAAACGAUUCGUGGCCAGACAAGGCGACGAGGCCUGCUGCCUCUCACGAAUCGAACUCUGCGUGCUCCAAUGCGCCGGCCACUCGUUGGACUGGGAUGAUAUCCUGAGCACGUACAGCGGCACCCUCACCCACCUGGCGCUCGGGACAAACGAUGAGGCAACGCACUCCCUUAUGCACACGCUCGCCACCAAACUGGAUCUUCUUCCUCAUCUGACCUCGCUCGCUCUGCCCUGGUUCAAGAUCGACACCGAGAAGGCGUGUGCCGCGACAGAACACCUCAUUGAUGCUCGCGCCACCGCUGACGGGAAGCUGAGAAAAAUUGUAGUCAACCCCGAGGAUGGAUGCAAGGAUUACUUCGUCCGUUUGCGACGAACCGAUGUGGCGAUACACGGUUACGAUAGGAGUAAUACGCGCCGCGCGUACAUCGACGAGGAGGCACGUUCAGAGGAGGAGAGAUGGAUCAUGGACCCCGUUUUAUCUAUCGGGUAAGAGGAAUAGAAUAGUAGGCGCACGCUUAUACCCUGGUGCAGGCCUUCGGGUUCGUGAAGACACAUAUUAUGAGCAGUACUGACAGUAUAUGGUUGUUGCCUUACCUUCGCUUGCACUCAAGUCUAUCCAAUGGAAAG